AGCAAUCUAGUCGUCGUCGAAGCUUGGAUUCGAAGACACCACGUCACGAACCGUUGGCUCUGUAAUUUGGAUCACCGAAUGCAGAUCUGAAGCAGAACUAGGAUGGAUAGAGUGCUCAAAGCAGCAAGAACCUCUGGUUCUCUCAACCUAUCAAAUCGCUCUCUCAGGGAUGUGCCAACUGAGGUGUACCAAAGUUUGGAUUCACUUCAGGAGGGUGAAAAGUGGUGGGAGGCUGUAGAGCUACAAAAGCUAAUUUUGGCUCACAAUGACAUUGAAUCAAUUAGGGAAGAUCUCAGAAAUUUACCUCAACUGGCUGUAUUGAAUGUUAGCCACAAUAAACUUUCUGAACUUCCAGCUGCCAUUGGCGAGCUUCCAAUGCUGAAAUCUUUAGAUGUGUCUUUCAAUUCAAUAGCACAAAUACCUGAGGAGAUUGGGGGAGCAACUGCUCUUGUCAAGUUUGAUUGUUCAAGCAAUCAGCUCAAGGAGCUCCCAAGCUCAAUUGGACAAUGUUUAGGUCUAGCUGAAUUCAAGGCAUCAAACAAUUCUAUCACCUGCUUGCCUGAAGACCUAGCUAACUGUUCCAAAUUGAUGAAACUGGAUGCGGAGGGGAACAAGUUGACUGGUCUAUCAGAGAAUUUGAUUGCAGCAUGGACUGUUCUUACAGAACUUAAUGCAUCAAGAAAUUUGCUGGGUAGCAUGCCCAACAACAUUGGGAGCCUUUCAAGACUCAUCCGCCUUGAGCUUCAUCAGAACAGAAUCUCAUCAAUCCCUCCGUCGAUAAUGGGUUGCAGUUCUCUCACAGAGUUUUACAUGGGGAAUAAUGCACUAUCAAUGUUACCAACUGAGAUAGGGGAACUUUCUUGCUUAGGGACAUUAGAUCUUCACUCAAACCAAUUAACUGAAUAUUCGGUGGAGGCAUGCAAACUACGACUUUCUGUCCUGGAUCUCUCAAAUAAUUCCUUAACUGGAUUGCCCCCAGAGAUUGGCAAGAUGACUACCUUGCGAAAACUUUUGCUUGUUGGCAAUCCAUUGCGCACUCUUCGUAGUUCAUUGGUAACUGGACCUACAACUGCUUUGCUGAAGUAUCUUCGAAGUAGACUUUCUGAAAGUGCAGAUUCAGAAGCGACCACUCCAUCAAAAGGGGAUAUGAUUGCAGCAGCAGCUCGAUUAUCUCUCAGCUCAAAGGUGUUGCUUUGUGAACUCUCUUUGGGAGGGCUAGGUUUGAUUACUUUCCCAUCACAAGUAUGGGAAUCAAGUGAAGUCACAAAAGUUGACCUUUCUAGGAAUUCCAUUCAAGAGCUUCCAGUUGAACUUUCCGCAUGUGUUUCCCUGAAGACUUUAAUUUUAUCCAGCAACAAGGUUAAAGAGUGGCCCGGUGCGAUUUUGAAGUCACUUCCGAGUCUUUCGUGUUUGAAGCUGGACAAUAAUCCAUUGAGCCAGAUUCCAUCAGAUGGGCUCCUAGCAGUUUCUAUGCUCCAAAUAUUGGAUCUAAGUUGUAAUGUCGGCUCAUUACCUGAGAAUCCAGCACUUUCAAGCUUACCACAUUUGCAGGAACUUUACUUGAGACGGAUGCAGCUACGUGAACUCCCAUCAGAGAUAUUGAGAUUACAGCAACUGCGGAUUCUUGACUUAAGCCAAAACUCCCUUCAAUCAAUUCCUGCGGAAUUCAAAAAUCUUUCUACUCUAACUGAGCUUGAUUUGUCUGACAAUAGUAUAUCAACACUUCCGGCAGAGCUGGGUUUGCUGGAACCCAGCCUGCAAGCUUUAAGACUUGAUGGAAAUCCGUUGAGAAGCAUUCGGAGGACGAUCUUGGAUAGAGGAACCCAAGCUGUCCUGAAAUAUCUGAGAGACAAAUUGCCAGAGCUGUAGUUCCUUUACCAUAUUUCUCACUUACAGGUUGGUCAGAGCAAGUUCUUCUCCAGCUUCAUAUGUCUUGGUAUUGAAAUCCUUGGAUCUUCUUGUUUGCAUGGUUGAGUUAUCAUCUCUGAACUAAGUGUAUGAGAGGCAUUUGCCAUUUUUGAUUCAAAUAUACUCCCUACGUGUUCAAGCUAUAUUGUUUGUAUCAUCAACAUAACAAAGCAUUAAAUUAUUUCUUGAGUGAGUGAUUUUCAUGAUUGCUCUGUUAUUUA